AUGGCCGACUUGACUGCAGAGGAAUUCGUCAAGUUUUAUUAUGAAACUUUUGACGGUGAAAAGCGGGACGGUCUCUCCACUCUCUACCGCGAUAAAUCAAUGUUGACUUUUGAAACCUCUUGUGUUCAAGGCUCCGAUGCAAUCAUAAAACAACUUAUGAGCCUGCCAUUUCAAAAAGUUCAACACGUGCACUCAACAAUUGAUGCUCAACCAACAGAAGAGGGUGGCGUUGUAGUCCUUGUGAUCGGUGCUCUGAUGGUUGAUGAAGAAACGAAACCGAUGAACUUCUCGCAGCAUUUCCACCUCCGUCCUAACGGAUCAGGGAGUUACUAUGUUUAUAAUGAUAUCUUUAAACUUGUCUAUCCUCAAUAA